GCAUUGGGCUUCUCUAACACAUCAAAUCUAGGGUGUAGUUAGACCUGCUCCGACGCCAAUACACUCUGCCUUAUUAUUUAGGCAGCUGUCAAACAGUGAAGUCAAAUACCCGGACCAAAAAGAAAGCAGCACCAGUAUCAAGUGAGUGAGAGGGAGAGUGUGGCGUGAGAUUGAAGAGAAAUCCCAAGUGAAAAAAUGGCUAUAAAAUUAAACAGUGGGUUUGAAAUGCCAAUUAUUGGUCUUGGUGUUUGGCGUAUGGAUGGCAAAGACAUCAAGAACCUCCUCCUUAACGCCAUUAACAUUGGUUAUCGUCAUUUCGAUUGUGCUGCUGAUUACAAGAACGAAGCGGAAGUAGGGGAGGCACUAGCAGAGGCAUUUAAUUCGGGACUUGUCAAGAGGGAAGAUCUUUUUAUCACCACCAAGCUUUGGAAUUCAGACCAUGGACAUGUUGUUGAGGCUUGUAAAGACAGUCUCAAGAAACUGCAGCUAGAUUAUCUAGAUCUAUACCUUGUCCACUUCCCUGUUGCUACUAGGCAUACUGGAGUUGGUGAAACUGGGAGUGCACUUGGUGAAGAUGGUGUAUUGGAUAUCGAUACUACCAUAUCCCUGGAAACUACCUGGCAUGAUAUGGAAAAGCUGGUCUCAAUGGGCUUGGUUCGUAGCAUAGGCAUCAGCAACUAUGACAUUUUCCUCACAAGAGAUUGCUUGGCUUAUGCUGAAAUUAAGCCUGCUGUAAAUCAGAUCGAGACACACCCUUACUUUCAGCGUGACUCGCUUGUCAAAUUCUGUCAAAAGCAUGGAGUAUGUGUUACAGCCCACACACCACUAGGAGGUGCUGUGGCCAAUGCUGAAUGGUUUGGUACAGUAUCUUGCUUGGACGAUCCAAUUCUUAAGGGUCUAACCGAGAAAUAUAAGAAGACGGCAGCUCAAAUUGUUCUCCGCUGGGGUAUACAGCGAAAUACAGUUGUAAUCCCUAAGUCAUCUAAGCUCGAACGGCUCAAGGAAAACUUUGAAGUUUUUGACUUUGAGUUGAACAAAGAAGAAAUGGACAUCAUUAAAAACAUGGAGCGGGAGUACCGGACUAAUCAACCUGCUAAGUUUUGGGGAAUCAAUCUUUAUGCAUAAGGGCCUAUUUUUCAUGUAUAAAACAAAUAUUAUAUUGCCAAAACUUGGAGUAUUUGAAAGUAUCUGUUAUUCUACAGAGAAGUUAACAAUGAUAUACUAUAGGCAAUGCCAUGGGACUUGUACCCAUGCUCGGGACCUUCUCUUUAAUACUAGCUAAAAUCGUGGCGGUGGAAGGCCACACUUUUUAUUUCCCUUGUAUAAGUGUUUAUGCAUAUGUUUCUUUUUUUGCUUUA